AUGAUUUUGGUAAGUUUCGGAAUUUCAACCUCAGAGGCAUCACAUAUCUCCAUUGAUUGCGCUUGGGAAGUUGGUGGAAGUAUUUUUGAAGGUGGGAGUGUAACAGGUGAUUGUUGCAAUGAGCUUGUGUCUGUAGGCAAAACUUAUCAUGAUCUAUUCUUCAACUCCGCUCUUGCGUUUAAAUCCAAUGCAGACAAAUCUGAAGCUUUGGCAAAGAGUGCACAACUUUGGAACAUAUGUGUUGGAAUUGCGGUCUCCCGCACAUCUUCUAUCCCAAUUCCAACCUCAAGGGCUUCAAAAUCAAAAACAAUGGAUGAAUGUAAAAAACAGAUAUCCAUUAAGUGUGCUCAGGAAGUUGGUGAAACUAUUUUCAAAGGUGGGAGCGUAGCAGAUGGUUGUUGCUAUGAGCUUGUGUCUGUAGGCAAAAUUUGUCAUGAUCUAUUCUUCAACUCUGCUCUCGAGUCUACACCCAAUGUCGACAAAUCUAGAGCUUUAGCAAAAAGUACACAAGUUUGGAACCGAUGUGUUAAAAUUAUAAUUUCCCCUAUCUCUUCUAUCUCUGAAACAGAGAAUUGA